AUGCGGCGGUUUGGAUGCGUCCCCUUUGGGACGACCUGUUGGUACGACCUGUGGGACGACCUGUGGCAGCGACCGAUGCCGUCACCGGACGCGGCGGCGAGGCACACGGGCGCCGGCGUGGCGCGUCGGCAGGCCCACCACGAGCGGAUGCGCGACGAGCGCGCUCGGGAAGCGGCCGCGGGCGACGCGGAGCUUCCGCCGGAGGACGACGCGGUCGAGAUGGCGAGCGCCGCCCAGCUGCUGGACAGCGUGGCGGAGGUGGGCCCGAACUACACCCUGCUGCGCAGCAAGGAGACGAAGGCGAAGCGGCGGAAGCGACAGCGCGAGGAUGCCAGGGCGGCGCUCGACGGCCACACUGUCCUGUCCACCGGAUCGCGCCUCGAGAUCUUCUGCGACAGUGAGCGGUGGUACCCUGCGACCGUCAUGGCGCGGGAGGAGGACGGGGACGGACGGAUCGCGCACCAGGUCGAGUACGACGGCUACCCGGAUCGGCGGUGGUGGCACAUGCUGGACGACGAGCGGCUCGACGCCGCGCUCGCGCUGUGGGGCUGCCACAAACUCGCCGCCGAGCGUGCCACCGACGGCGUCCCGGCGGAGGUGAUGGAGUGUGAGACCUGA